AUGUCACUGCAAUCGGUGCAAUCGACGCAAAAUCGAAAUGACGUGAGUCUGAUCAAUGAUUUUACAAUGACAAAAAGGGGCAGGGGCCGGGCGCUUAUCAAAACUGUUCCACCCAGUGACGCGACGUGACCUGCGACUGUUUCUAAACAGUUACGUAAUAUCAGUUACCUUGCAAGAAACAGAUAUGAGAAAAGAAAACUAAAAUUCAAACACAGACAUCCCAAAAAUGCAGGUUUGAGUGGCGGAAGCUGGGUGGGUAGUGAUCGCUCCUUACAGGGAAAGAAGGUUGAUGGAGCGCCCGAAUAUCUGGGUAACAGAAACGAAAAAAGACAAGAGAUUAACGAAAAUUCGCUUAACCGAACGUCGUGACUUGUGUUUUGCAGCAUCAACUCACCAUCGACGAGAUGAUGAGCGAGGACGAGGCACGGCGAAGGCGGGAGCAGCUGGCCCGCCGCCCGUCUUACCGGAUGAUCCUGAAGGACCUGGAGACGGUGGGGGAGAAGCCGCUGAAGAAGGAGAUUCUCGAAGAGACCAGCACCGAUCCCGUCAACAACAGCAUGUUAGGUAAGGUCUCGCCCCUCCCUACAUCAAUAUUCGCGUGAUUGCCAAUCGGCUAUACGGCCGGCUGUCUCUCUCGGUCUUCGUGUUCUCUUGUUUGUUCCCCAAUCUUAUUCUCUCCAGCGCGUUAUCGCCGGGUUCUCCUUUUUGGUCGAGUCGUUCCGUUUGUAGCGUUAUUGUUGUCAAUUCCUGUACCAACUUUCGCUUUACGUUGGGGUUGUUUCGAGACUUGGCUGGGCCAUCAGCCUUACAGUAUGGCCUAAUCCCCCGCCAAAGAUGGUAUGGGGCUCGUUUAAAGAUAUUACAAACACAGCCCGCAGCCUCUUUUUCUGCGAGAGUGCUUAACGAAGCACAUAUUAUUUCUCUUUUUACCUGGUGUUGUUGUAGUCUCGGGUUUGGCGCUCCAGAAAUCGACCGUCUAAUUGCUAUUCAUAUUGACUGUAAUUACAACUCCUUGUCACAUUCGUAAUUACAACCUCGAGUCAAUCAGUAAUUGCCACGUGGGAAACAUUAGGACCUGUUCGCUUUCAUUUCCCUUCGCGUGGCCAUGCUGACUUACACGGUUUUAGGGCCGCCGCCAACAUCGGUGCACUUCGAAGUCCCCACUAGUACCCAGCUGAACGGUCUGUCCAACUCGCUGCGUGCGGGGCAGAACAACAUCGCCAGCAAUAACGCGCCUAUGCGCAAUCCCAGCGAGUGUGUCCCCGCCGAUCCUGGACUGACAGCCCGUCUCAUGAACACGCCUCGAUCAGCUGCCGACAUUCCGUCCCAGCCUCAGCCCCAACUCCCCACCUCGACGCCGCUGCUCAGUGUAGCCGGCACCAAUGGUCUCGUGCUGCCCGUAACGAGUGAUAUUCUCAACAUUAAGGCGGUUAAUAACGACAAUCAGAUCUCACUUAACACAACCGGGUUUGGGCAGAACGGUGAGUUUCCAAAGUAUUGAUUUUAUUUGACGUUUUGUUUCAACACAUGUUUCAAACUUGAUUUUUAAACUAAAGUAAUAUAUUUGUGGGUCAAUACUUAAUUCGUUAGUCAAAAAGUUUGUAGAAUUCUCAUAAAUAGACCUUUAUCGUUACUUGUUGUUAACUUUUUGUCUAACUAUAAAACGUAAACAAGUUGAGUUUCAAACAAUAAAUAAUAUGGUUUAAUUACAGAAUGGCAGACAGGACUUUUAUCACAGUACGGUACUAACCACAGUCCAUUGGCAGCGAAUCUAUCCACUCGGCAGGGGUCGGCGUCCUUAACCUCGUUGUCAGAUAACGACGAAAGCAAUCGAAAGCGGCAGGUCAGACUUUUGAAAAACAGGUAAGACAACAACAUACCUACUAUCAGUUUGUAGUAACAAAGUUUUAUGACAAGUUUACAAUAAGACAAUUUUUUAAUAGUAACUUUACUGAAAGUACCAGAGCAAUACUUUUACCUUACUUUGCUAUAAGUACAAAACUUAACAGUACUUGGACAAGCUUAUGCUUACAACAAGUUGUUUAAAUUUACAAUUUAUAUGACAUAUGUUGCAUUAUAGUUUUAACGAUAGGAUUUAAAAAGAAUUGGUAACUAUCUACAAUAAAACAUGUUUACUCAGUAACAAAAUCUUAUUGUUGCAGAGAAGCAGCCAAAGAGUGCCGGAGGAAGAAGAAGGAGUACGUCAAGUGUCUGGAGAACCGCGUGGCGGUGCUGGAGAACCAGAACAAGGCACUGAUCGACGAACUCAAGACGUUGAAGGAUCUGUACUGUCGGAAGGAGAAGGAGAUGUAG